AUGACGGACCAUACGCAGUCAUCGGAAGCUAAAUAUUCAACGCCCAUUGUAGCCAGACGGUCGCAUUUAGGGAUCCUUAGUGACCCUCAGAGUGGGGAAGAGGUUCCAGGCUCCGUUCUAUUUAUCGGGAAAGACAAUGAACCGCUCGGCCUAGAUCAACUAGAGAAGGGCAAGUCUCGUGACGGUCUAAAGAGAGGACCCAAUGGAGUCAUUCUCGAUCCUCAACCAGGUAUUCACCAGUCCUGA